AAUGCGUCAUUCGGAAUUUAUCGCACAAUUUACAACAGACAUUCGGUACAUCCCCGGAAGAGAAAACGUAGUAGCUGAUGCAAUGUCGCGUAUAGACGCCAUACACACUCCGAGCAUCAUCGACUUUGCCAAACUUGCGGAGAGUCAGAAGUCGGACUCAGACCUCAAAAACUUACAAGCCUCGAAUUCCAGCUUAUUAAUAAAACCUUUUAYGAUUCCAGGCACCGCUGUAGACAUCUUUUGUGACGUAAGCACCAACCAAGUCCGACCAUACUUAACUCCUUCGUUUCGCAAAACAGCUUUCGACUCCAUACAUAACAUGGCACACACCGGCGCCGCUAAAACAAUAAGAUUGAUCGCAGAAAAAUUCGUGYGGCCGAAUCUCCGCAAAGAUUGCCGCUUAUGGUCCAGGCAGUGCAUCCCGUGCCAAAGAGCUAAAGUGCAGCAAAUAUGGACAUCGUCGGACCAUUACCACCUUGCAAGGGUUAUCGAUACUGUUUGACAAUAGUCGAUCGUUAUUCCCGAUGGUUAGAGGCACUCCCGCUCGAAGACAUGACGACACAGACCAUUGCUUUCACUUUCUACACACAUUGGAUCGCUAGAUUUGGAGUACCCAGUAGAGUGACUACGGAUCAAGGUAGACAAUUUGAAUCUACACUAUUCAGAGAACUUUCAAGACUCUUAGGCAUCAAGCACUUACGUACCACUGCGUAUCACCCCGCGUCAAACGRGAUUAUCGAGCGAUGGCACAGAUCAUUAAAAGCAGCGAUAAAAUGCUACACGACAAACAACUGGGUCGAAGUUCUCCCACUCAUCCUGCUARGUUUUCGUUCCUCAUGGAGAGACGAUUUAAGAGCGACACCCGCAGAAAUGGUUUAUGGAAAUACACUUCGAUUACCUGGUCAGUUUUUUUCCGAAAAACAGACGCACAAUGCCAACGAAGGUGAGUUCGUCGAAAAUUUACGCAUACGCAUGCAGUCACUAAAGCCGUCACCAACUACAAACAACUCAGCGCACGUACCAUUUGUAGAAAAGAACUUGCACUCAMCACCAUCAGUCUUCGUGCGUAACGACUCAAUUCGUCCACCUCUUCAACCACCAUASGAGGGACCAUUUCCCGUAGUCGAACGUGGCGUCAAAUUUUUCAAAGUCAGAAUCCGAGGAAAGGACGUAAACAUUUCCAUCGACCGGUUAAAGUCAGCUUUCGUCGCCGAGGAUUACCAAACCCCGUCGAAGCAGACAAUCCAACACAAAGAGUACCAAACAAAAUCUGGUCGUCGAGUACGUUUUCGUUUUCCCGCAUAGGGGGGAGUGAUGUGGCAACCCCAAAGUGAUGUGGCAAC